AUGCCCCACAAUGCCAGUGGGGAGGUCUCUCCGGCCCGGAAGAAUAGGAGGUCGGGGGAGCUGACUGAGUGGCGGGUGGUCGGUAAGUGGACUUGUAUAGGAGGGGACAUGGGUGGUCGGAGGACGUUUUUGGGGGGAGGGGCACCAGGGGAUACAAUGCACUACACCUAGUCCACGAAUACGGAUAUGCUUUAAGCAUACCUACACUUUUGGGAGGGAGCAUGGGGGAAGCGGAUCUCUGAUGCUUAGACCCACGGAUGAGACCCAAAUACAUGCAGGACGACAGGACGCCCGCCAUUGAGGCUUACCGCUCACACCUACAAUAAUACACCAUGAAACGUAAUAUUCCUAUUAGCGAGCAUAUGACCAUUACAUCACGACGCAGCACACGCCAAACUGGUUGGGGAGGCGCACACUCAAAACUCUUAGCUACUCACUCUAUUUUACCAGAUAUACUCUGGCUGAGUUAUACAAUUUACAGUCAGUAGCUUAGACAGUAACAAGUGCACUAGACACGCGCACUGCGCUGGUCACGUCAGCACGCGCCCCAAGUGACAGGUACCUUUAUUGCCAUGGUUUGGGGGGAGGGGUUAGCACCUAUAAGGGGUGCACCACUCGACACCAGACCACAGGCACCAAGUUACGAUAUACCCCUGCUACGGGGUCCAGCUCCCGCCUACUUUCCCCCCGUCCCAGUAGGGCCCCUUCACAGGGGGAACACAGAAUCUGACCUCUGUGCACAGCUCUCCUUGUCGCCUCUGCAUCCCUACCAUCCCUGUCCCACUGGAGGUCUCUCCCCCGCCCCCUCAUGUCCCUGCCCGUGCUCCUUUUGGGGGUCCCCCCCCCUUCCCCUGUUGGCCCUGGGGGGCCCCAGCUUCACCACCCCUCAGCAGGUCUGGGGUUCUUGCCUGCUCCGCUCCAUCUCUGGUCGCACAAUGCGAGGGGCCUGAAUGCCCCCGAACGUAGAUCCCACCUUUUGCGCUCCCUAUGGGAAUCCUGGGUCUCCAUUGCAUUCUUACAGGAGACGCACUUUAGGGGAGUAGCUGGCCCGGCGCUCCGUGACUCCAGGUACCCAGUGGGGUACUUCGCCAACCAUCCCUCAGCUAAAAAAGCUGGGGUCGCAGUUCUGUUUGCGAGCACGGUUUUCCGUUAGUUUGCAAGGAGGUCUGUGGGGACCCCACCAACUAUCUGUUUCUGAAAGGCUCGAUAGCGGACACCAAGUAUACUUUUGGAUGCAUCUACGCUCCCAACACAUGGCAACACUGCUUUCUGAGAAGCAAGCUGCAUAAACUCGAGCAGUUCCGGGAACGACUGCUCGUUGUAAGUGGCAACCUCAACGUAGCCCGAACCGCCGGGGAGCAGGAAAGAACAGCUCAGAUAACAGCAUACCUACAGCAAUAUGUAACUAAGACCCUAAGUCAGGAGGACGUGGAAGCCCUGGAAGCCCCAAUCACACUAGAGGAAUUACAGGCAGCUCUAAAGUCCGCUAAACUGAACAAGGCUCCAGGACUAGACGGCUUACCGGUCUGCUACAUUAAAGAAUUCGGAGACGUGCUUCUGUCAAGACUCCUACGAGGUAUCAGAUAA